CUGUCUCUCUCUCCCUCUCCCUCUUUUCAGUUUCUCCUUUUGCCCCCAGGGGAGGGAAAAUGGGAAUAGUGAGAGAUCAAAAAUAAACCUCUUAUGUCAAAGCCGGGAAGGAGGUAUAAAUACGAAGGGCUCAGCAGCCCACUCUGCGCUGCCCAGGCCGGGGAAGAGGCAGGAGGCGCUGUGCGGGGCCGGCACGCGGGGCUGGGGCGAGGGACGGGCGCACGCGGAUCCGGGCGCCAGCUGUUAGCUCUCCGCUCGGGAGGAGCGCGCCGAGGGGCCGCCCGGGGACGCCGCCUGCGCCGCUGGCCGGGGCGGCCUCGCGUCCGAUUGAUCUUGUUCCUGGAGAGAGCGGCCGCGCGGCCAGCACCUGCCCCGCUCCUUCUCUUCCCGCGCCGCCCCACAGCCCCCAUGCUCCCAGCCGCAGGCGCCGCCCGGUGGCCGCCGCUCCUGCAGCUGCUGCGGCUGCUGCUGCUAGCCCCGCUCUCCCGCAGCGCCCCGACCGUGCCGGGCACCGGGGGGGCCUCCUCGGAGUUGGUGGUGCCCACGCGGUUGCCGAGCAGAGCGGACGAGCUCGCGAUUCACCUGUCCGCCUUCGGUCAGGGCUUCGAGCUGCGCCUGGCGCCCGACACCAGCUUCCUGGCGCCCGAGUUCAAGAUCGAGCGCCUCGGGGGCUCCGGCGAGGAGGCCGGGGACGAACGCGGGCUGCGCGACUGCUUCUUCUCCGGCACGGUGAACCGGGAGCCCGAGUCGCUGGCGGCCGUCAGCCUGUGCCGCGGGCUGAGCGGCUCCUUCCUGGUGGCCGGGGAGGAGUUCACCAUCCAGCCGCAGGGCGCGGGCGACUCCCUGGACCAGCCGCACCUCCUGCGGCUCUGGGGCCCCGCGGCCGGCGAGGGGCAGGAGAGAGGCAGCGAGGACCCAGAGGAGGGCGACCGAGAGGACAGCGGAGAGGCAGGCGGCACCCGCAAACUGCCACCACCCUCGGGGCCCACGAACGGGACCAAGGCUAAGCGGUCCGUGUCUGAGGCUCGCUUCGUGGAGACGCUGGUGGUGGCCGAUGCGUCCAUGGCUGCCCUCUACAGCGCCGACCUGCAGAACCACAUCCUGACCCUGAUGUCCGUAGCAGCCCGCAUCUACAAGCACCCCAGCAUCCAGAAUGCCAUCAACCUCGUCGUGGUGAAAGUGCUCAUAGUGGAAGAUGAAAAGUGGGGCCCAGAGGUAUCGGACAAUGGCGGGCUCACACUGCGCAACUUCUGCAGCUGGCAGCGGCCCUUCAACAAGCCCAGUGACCGCCACCCAGAGCACUAUGACACAGCCAUCCUGCUCACAAGACAGGACUUCUGUGGGAAUGACGGGCACUGCAACACCUUAGGCAUGGCGGACAUUGGCACAAUCUGUGACCCCAGCAUGAGCUGCUCCGUGAUCAAAGAUGAGGGCUUGCAGGCAGCCUACACCGUGGCCCAUGAGCUAGGGCACGUUCUCAGCAUGCCCCAUGAUGACUCCAAGCCCUGCGUGCGGCUCUUUGGGCCCAUGGAAAAGCACCACAUGAUGGCGCCACUCUUUAUCCACUUGAACAAGACGCUGCCCUGGUCUCCCUGCAGUGCCAUGUACCUCACCGAGCUCCUGGACGAUGGCCAUGGGGACUGUCUCCUAGAUGCCCCUACCUCAGCCCUGCCCUUCCCCACAGACCUCCCAGGCUGCAGGGCCCUCUAUGACCUGGACCAACAGUGCAAGCAGAUCUUUGGACCAGGUUACCGCCACUGCCCCAACACCUCUGAGCAGGACACCUGUGCCCAGCUCUGGUGCCAAAUAGACGGUGAUGAGGGCGUCUGCCACACGAGGAAUGGUAGCCUGCACUGGGCUGACGGCACCCGCUGUGGACCUGGGAGCUUGUGCUUGGAUGGUAGCUGUCUGCCAAAAGAGGAAGUGGAGAGAUCCAAGGCAGUGGUGGAUGGAGGCUGGACCCAGUGGGGAACCUGGGGAGAAUGUUCCCGGACCUGUGGAGGUGGAAUACAGUUUUCAUACCGUGAUUGCAAAGAUCCCCAGCCUCAGAAUGGAGGAAAGUACUGCCUGGGUCAGAGAGCCAAGUACCAGUCAUGCAACACGGAGGAGUGCCCCCCUGAUGGGAAAAGCUUCAGAGAGCAGCAGUGUGAGAAAUAUAAUGCCUACAAUUACACUGGCCUAGAUGGGAAUUUACUUCAGUGGGUCCCCAAAUACUCAGGAGUGUCCCCCCGGGACCGCUGCAAGUUGUUCUGCCGAGCCCGGGGAAGGAGGGAGUUCAAAGUGUUUGAAGCCAAGGUAAUCGAUGGUACCUUGUGCGGGCCUGAGACUCUGGCCAUCUGUGUCCGGGGCCAGUGUGUCAAGGCUGGCUGUGACCACGUGGUGGACUCACCAAAGAAGCUGGACCGAUGUGGAGUAUGUGGGGGAACAGGCAGCACGUGCAGGAAGAUCUCUGGUUUCUUCACACCCACAAGAUACGGCUACAAUGACAUUAUCACCAUCCCAGCUGGUGCCACAAACAUUGAUGUGAAACAACGGAGCCACCCAGGGAUUCAGAACGAUGGCACCUACCUGGCUCUGAAGACUGCCAAUGGGCAGUACCUGCUCAAUGGCAACCUGGCCAUCUCUGCCACAGAGCAGGACAUCCUAGUGAAUGGCACCAUCCUAAAGUACAGUGGCUCCAUGUCCUCCCUGGAGCGGAUACAGAGCUUCCGGCCCCUGUCAGAGGCUCUGACAGUACAGCUCUUGACUAUUCCUAGUGAGCUUCCCUCCCCCAAAGUCAAAUAUACCUUCUUUGUUCCAAAUGACAUGGACUUCAGCAUACAGAGCAGCAAAGAGAGAACAACCCCUAAUGUCAUCCAGCCACUGUUCCUCACGCAGUGAGUGCUGGGGGAAUGGGCUGAGUGCUCCAGCACUCAGCUGACAACAGUGGACAGUGGAAAGCAGAGACCCCUUAGGCCAGGCUUCUGUCACCUGUAACAAGGCUCUGCAACCUGAGCAUCCCAAGCCCCGUGGAAGGCAGCUGUGUCCUCUGUGAUCUCACGGAGGGAAGGGUCUUGUGCUCAUGGACUUGAGGUACUGGGGUAUAGACAUGGUCCCCUUUUGGUAACCCAUAUAUCAAAGUAGCAUGACCUGCCCAGGCCUCCUAUUGCCACAGCCCCUUGGGUGCUGCCUAAUUCAUAAGAGGAGGAGAAGUGGGGAUGGGACAGCAGAUUGAAAUUUGACUGCCUAACAGACUGGCCCUUGCUCGGGUUCAAGUAGAAGGUGUAGGCUGGGCGAGGGAUUUAGCUCAAUGGUGCCCCUGCCUGCCUCACAAGCAUAAGGUCCUGAGUUCGAUCCCCGGUACCAAAAAAAAAAAGAAGAAGAAGAAGGAGAAGAAGUUGUAGGCUAAAAGGUAAAAAUGCACUUAUUGACCCAAAUGGGAGACUCAGAGCCAGCCUGUUUGCAAAGGAUUCACAAGGCUCAAUGAAAGAAAUUAUUUUCUAUUUGGUUUCCCUGAUAAAUGAUCUACCUCAGAGGGAAAAAAAUUAGUUCAAGAGAGGAGUGGGGCAGGGAGUCAAUGGUGAAUGUCAAAGCAAGCCCCACAGCUGCACCCCAAGGGGUCUUUGGCAAUGGCCACAACUCUCUUCAGUGUUAAAAUCCAUCACUUAAAGGGCUGCAGUAUCCGUCACAGGGUUAUGGAGAGCCACCUGCUGGGGUGGACCCAUUUCAAGUAUUUAUGCAAAUGUGUCUCUGAACUAAAGUGUGAUCUUGUGCCAA